AUGGAUAAGAAGCAAACCUCUCCGGCGCCCUUGCAAGCUGAACUUCUAUCAACCCAAGAAGAGCAAGUUCCAGCAAAUCCACCGUCACGAAAACGACAGAUCGACAGCGAUAAUAAUGUCGACGAUAAUCCUCAACUAAAACGAGCCCGAUUAACACGAGAGAACCUUGCACGCUUCACUAAGAUGGGGAAGGGCACGAAGAAGAUAUCGCUGUCUUCUCCUUGCGACUCCACGAGUGAGUCGCAGAAAACGAAAUCCACGUCGACAACAACAUCAGGUUUUGCUAUCCAAGCCCGAAGGAACGGUAUUCUUGACCCUAGUCACUCCAAGCCUCCCGCAAAUCUCAAGGACAUCCGCGAACGACACUCCAUAUCCCGCGCAAGCGUUUCACCUACCGAGUCAGAAUAUACGAGAUAUGCUCGUAAGGUUGCGAGGGUCCCUAACGAAGCGACCAUGGUCUUCGAGGCCGGCGGGAGACUGUUGAAGGGCUAUGAUGACGAUGGAUACAGCCGAACUCUCAACCAAUCUUUCACACGAUUCCCAGAUGUUGGUUUCAAUGAUGGCUUGUCCGCUCCCCAGCCUGACUUUAUCGAAGGCCUCGAGAUGGAGGAAUAUGAUCCGUUCCCUGUUGAUGAGCAGGUUGAUGGAGCUGUUCUUUUUAAGGAUAACCCUUCUUCUCUGACUUUACCACAUAUAGCCGGAGAAUGGAAGGGCCCUAACGGAAAUAUGGGAAAGGCGAUGCUUCAGAGCUCUUAUGAUGGAGCAGCCCUUGUCUACGCAAGAAACCAAGCCCUUUCCUAUAUGGGGAGAUCGGAUCCCCCGGGCCAUGCCGAAGUUGUAACCUUUACCACUGAUGGCACUACUCUCAACCAGUACGCCCACUAUGCUGAAGAGUUGGAAGAUGGUAUUACUAAAUAUCACCAGUACCGUAUUAAGUCGACGAAUCUUAUAGACUCCUACCAGGAGUUUAAGGAUGGAAGAAGAGGCCUUAGAAAUACCCAAGACCAUGCAAGAGAUCAGUCAUAUAUAUUGAGAGAUGAUCUGAAAGAAUAUUGGAAGCAGCAACGCAGCAAACUCCAACCUAUCACGGAAGGAACCUCUCUGCCUGUGCCCGACUUGCAGGCGAAGCCAUGCGAAAACACGAACCCCUACCAGGCGGGUUACGGGACGAGCGCAUACAAAGAAACCGCUACAUACGAGGACUCAGCUGAAAAUGAGGUAGCCGACCAGCCCCAUUCGACGCCUCAACCGUCAUCGAAACACUCAUCAUCCAAGCAAUCUUGGUCAAAGUCUCCUGACCAGGCCCCCAGCAGCAAUGGCCACAAGCGGAAAGCGUCACAGCCGUCUCCCCUCGGAUCCGGACAUGCAAGCAAGCACGUGGCAAGCACAAGAACUACUGGAAGUCAGACGACUGGAGUGGAGGUUGUACCAUAA